CUGUGCCGUCGGUGGAAACUCCUCCUUCCCGGUGACAGCGCCGACUAACCGCCUCGCCUUUCCAACACAACCUUUCCUCAGGAUGCACUGUUGAAGGCGUCGAGAUUUGUGACCUACGGAGGCUCUGUUUCGGGCAUCAUCUGGACCUGGGUUCCUCUUGAAGACAUCACCAGCUUAAAACAAUGUGACCAAAGGGCAUGUCAGCACCGUGGCUCGCUGUUAUGGACUUCAACACAUUUUGAAUCACCAAACAGUCAGUCACAAUGGUCCCACUUCUUUUUCUGGUGGCAACAACUGCGUCGUCCAACUCCAGCAGUAACGGCAACCACACAAAAGAGGGCGUAGCGACCACCAGCCACCACGUCCUGCCCACUGUGCUGAUUCUGUCCCUGCUGGUGCUGAUCGUUGCCCUGCUGGCCUGGUACUUCCUCAGGUUAAGAAACCAGAGGAAAGCGGCCGUCACAACAGGCGACAAGAAAAUACCAAAUGGCAUCCUGGAAGAACAAGAGUUUGGAUACAGCACUGAGUCGGUUUACACUACAGUGCCUGCAGAGCAACAGACGGUGGUUCUGCUUCCCAGAUCCUCCUCAGCCUUAAAGACCUACCUUCCUUUGCCUGUGGAGAGUCUGGAGGAGGAGUACCGGCUCCGAUCGGCUGACGAUGGCAAACUCUUCAGAGAGGAGUACAACUCUCUGCCCGGAGGUAACGCUCAAGGGACCUAUGAGGAGGCCAACAAGGAAAACAACAAGGAGAAGAACAGAUACCCCAACAUCCUUCCCUACGAUCAUUCCAGAGUGGUGAUGACUCAGUUGGAUGGAAAUCCCUGCUCAGACUACGUGAACGCGUCUUUCAUUGAUGGAUUUACGGAGAAGAACAAGUUCAUCGCAGCACAAGGUCCGAAGGAAGAAACUGUGGCGGAUUUCUGGCGGAUGAUUUGGGAACAGAAAGUAGUGACUGUUGUGAUGCUGACAAAUUUGAAGGAGAGGAAAGAAGACAAGUGCCACCAGUACUGGCCAGAUCAGGGCUGCUGGACCUACGGGAAUGUGAGGGUGGCUGUGGAGGACUUCACUGUUCUGGUGGAUUACACCAUCCGAAAGUUCUGCAUACAACACCAAACCAACGACACAGCAAAAACGCCCCGUCUGAUCACUCAGCUCCACUUCACCAGCUGGCCCGAUUUCGGAGUUCCCUUUUCCCCCAUCGGCAUGCUCAAGUUCCUCAAAAAGGUCAAAGCAGUCAAUCCACCGCUUUCCGGGCCCAUUCUGGUCCAUUGCAGCGCUGGUGUUGGAAGGACUGGCACCUUCAUUGUCAUUGACGCCAUGAUUGACAUGAUGCACGCGGAGCAGAAGAUAGAUGUAUUUGGUUUCGUUGCUAAGAUUCGAGAACAGCGCUCGCAGCUCAUUCAGACAGAUAUGCAGUACUCAUUCAUCUACCAGGCUCUCCUGGAAUACUACCUCUAUGGCGACACGGAACUGGAUGUGUCAUCUCUGGAAGGACACUUGCACAAACUGCACAACACCUUCACGGAUGGUGACCGGGUCGGGCUUGAGGAGGAAUUCAAGAAACUCACAAACAUGAGAAUUAUGAAGGAGAACAUGAGAACUGGGAACCUGCCUGCAAAUAUGAAGAAGAACAGAGUUCUGCAAAUCAUUCCAUAUGACUUCAACAGAGUCAUUCUCUCCAUGAGAAGAGGUCAGGAGUUCACAGAUUACAUCAACGCAUCAUUUAUAGACGGCUACAGACAGAAAGACUACUUCAUCGCCACCCAGGGUCCCCUUUCUCACACAGUGCAGGAUUUCUGGAGAAUGGUGUGGGAGUGGAAAUGCCACUCCAUUGUCAUGCUCACUGAGCUCCAGGAGAGAGAGCAAGACAAGUGCUGUCAGUACUGGCCGGCUGAAGAAUCAGCCACCUACGGAGAUUACAAAGUGGAGUUGAAAGGAGACACGUUGUGUGACACUUUCAGUUUACGAGAUUUGGUACUCACCUACAUACCGGAGAAGCAGACGAGGGCGAUCAGACACUUCCACUUCCACGGCUGGCCGGAGAUAGGAAUUCCGGCGGAAGGGAAAGGAAUGAUUGACAUCAUCGCGUCAGUUCAAAGACAGCAGCAGCAGUCGGGGAAUCAUCCCAUCGUUGUGCACUGCAGCGCUGGUGCCGGGCGAACAGGUACGUUCAUCUCACUGAGCAACAUCCUGGAGCGAGUCAAGGCAGAGGGUCUGCUGGACGUGUUCCAAACUGUGAAGAGUUUACGAAUGCAGAGGCCUCACAUGGUCCAGACUGUGGAGCAAUACGACUUCUGCUAUCGGGUGGUACAAGACUUUGUGGAUAUCUUCUCAGACUAUGCCAAUUUUAAAUGAUGAGAUUUGCCUUAAAACCUGGUUUUUAACAUUGUUUUCUAAAAGUUGUUGUGUCUGUUUUCUCUUGUACUUGGUCAAAUGAUCUAUUUUGCUAUGCACUUGUCCAACCAUUAACUCCAUCCCCACUGUAAAAUACUGACUUUUAAAUUGUAAAUGGAAGAAGAUGAAUAUUGUACAUUUCCAUCAUGUAUUAUAAGUAUUUUGCCAUCAAGUGUAGUUUUAAGCGUCGCUUCUGUUGUAUCAUACUGUUUAGUUGUGGUUUUAGAGUGACAGCGAAAUCUGCUCUAUUGUAAAUGUAUUUAUGAAUCCAUGAGAUUACAUCAUGUUUUUUUUGUUUCAUAACCUUACAUUUUUAUGUCACUCAUGACUGCUAACUUGGGUUUAAUGGUGUCAGAAUGUGAUCGUCAGAGUGAUGCACAGCCAUAACAUAUGUGAUGUAAUGCCAGAGAGAUGAUGAAGUGAGGCCUGAUUUACUAAAAUGCUAUGCUUAUUUGCCAAAUAUAUUUUUAGGUCUCAGCUUGAGGUCGAGUCCAAUAUGCAGUACAACCUGUUGCUCGUCCACACACGUCAACUCUCGCACAAAAAACUCUUAAUCUGCACCCGUUCUAGCAGUGUGGGUGUUCAGAGUGGUAAGUCUGACUUGUAAAGGUUGACCUUUAGCUGGAUCAAUAGUGUGUUCCGUUCGCAGUGUAGUUGCCAGAAGGCAAGCCUCAUAACUGACUUUACUUAUGUCUUGGUGCAUGAUAUAGUUGUGAUAACUAUGGUGGCUGCAGUACACAAAACCGGGUGUGCGAGGUUACAACUGGUGGCAUUUCAGUUGAAAAAUAAACAAAACAAUUGACAUUUGAGGAGCAUUCCACUUCAAAGAUCAUUUGCAUUAACUGUCGCCUCAAAUGCCAAACCAAGUGCAGCUGUGAUUUUAGUAAGUCAGGCCUUGUGAGAGUCUUGCUGCAUCAGUUAGUGGUGGUGAGCUCUGCCUUUGAAAUGUGUCGACACCAAAAUAAUCAUGUAGAAGCACAAAAGCCGAGGGUCCGCUGCCUUGUACAGUCUAUUCAAGCAACAUAACAGCUGAAGCCUAAACUCAAGCUCAUACGAAUGCAGUACAGUGACACAAAGAAAUGUACAGUCCUUCAGCUGAAAGAAAGAAACGAACGACAAUAAAAGCCAAAACAUGCAGCCAGAUUGUCUUAUCGUCCAUAAAAAGCUUGUUCGGUUUCUAAUAGAAUAUUAGCUGACUAAGCAAAGCUGUAAUCCUCAAUGAGAUUUGGUUGAUGCUGCGUGACGCUGGUCUCACAAGGUGUUUUGUAUUUGUAAGAGAGAAGAACACGAGGAUAGAAGCUUCACUCUUCAUACUGUCCUUUGAAAAGUCUUCUGAGAAGCGAAGGGGGAGGUGGGCGGGGGUUUCUGUUUUGACUCCUUGUCAUGUCACUCCCUCUCUCUAUCUGGGUGGUCCGUCCUUUUUUUGGAUUCUCAGUGUCUUUGAAAUGCAACUUAUUAAAUUCGACUGAAAAAAAAAAUCCUGGUUCAUUUCUCUGCAGCUCCAAAACACAACUGCAUAUCGAUCAGAUGUCAGUGUAAAAUUCAAAGCUUACAGGUGGCAUGAAGAAUCAGCUUGAAAAUAACGUUCGCCCUUUUGGAGUGCUUUUAAAGAAACGAAAUAAAGGUUUUAUCAUCCACUUGUUUGGACCUCACACCGCCACUAGACUCAGCCGGUUUAAUCGAUUGAAUUAAUAACGUAACAUCUUCAAUUUAAUAGAAAAAUAGUUGGUUAAUAAAAAUUAUUUUGUUAAUAUAAUUGAUUUUAGUUAGAUUAUAGUUAAUAUAAUCUGUCUUGUUUGUUUUUAUCAAUGAACUCAGCAAAUAUGUAGAGCGUUUUCCUGUGAAUCCAUGUUUUGUUCCAACAUUUUUUUUUUAAUUAAGCCAAUGCUAAUGGGAUCAUUUGAAUACUGCUGCUACAUCAGCUAGGGGGCAGUGUUUUGUUACUGAAGAGGAGCUCACUCACUAGUGCAGUUCAUGAACAAGCCAUCGUCAUAUACAUGUUGUUUUCUGGGAAGUUACCCAGCGUUGUAGUCUGCAAGAGAGUUGCAAGUUGGAUGUUAAAGUCUUUGUAAAAUACAAUUUGAAAUAAAGUACAAAAUAAAUA